AUGAUAAAGAGUGAUUCAGAAAACGGUACAUCAUACCGUAAAAAAUCCUACUCUCAAUGGUUCUACUAUUUAAUCAUCACAAUAAUCACAAUAUACAUUCUAUACAAACUAUUCACGGGUCAUGGAACAGAUAUCAACAUAGGUAAAUUCCUAGAAAGAUCAUCACCAUACAUGUGGGCAAAUUUGGGUAUCGCACUAUGUAUAGGUCUUUCCGUCGUGGGUGCAGCAUGGGGGAUUUUCAUCACAGGUGCAUCUAUCAUUGGUGCUGGUGUUCGUGCUCCAAGAAUUACUACCAAGAAUUUAAUCUCUAUUAUUUUUUGUGAGGUGGUCGCUAUUUAUGGAUUGAUCAUUUCUAUCGUCUUUUCUUCCAAGAUUACGGUUGCGUCAACGGAAACUUUACUUUCAAAAUCAAACUUGUUCACCGGUUAUUCCUUGUUUUGGGGUGGUAUAACUGUGGGAUUAUCUAAUUUGGUUUGUGGGGUAGCAGUCGGGGUUACUGGUGCUACCGCGGCUGUCUCAGAUGCUGCUGAUUCUGCAUUGUUCGUCAAGAUUUUAGUUAUCGAAAUUUUUGGUUCCAUUCUUGGGUUGUUAGGUCUGAUCGUUGGGUUAUUAAUGACUGGUAAAGCCGCGGAUUUCGCCUAA